UCUUGAUGAUAUUCAUCGUAACAUUAUUUUAAACGAAAUGGAUCAAACUCUCCAAUGCUUCUUCUUAGUUUUAUGUCUAUCUCUACUUGUUUGUUCUAACUCGGAAGAUACUUCCAAAUCACGAAAGAAACCUAUUCUGAUAAACUUCGGCGACUCCAACUCCGACACCGGAGGAGUUCUCGCCGGCGUUGGACUUCCUAUCGGACUCCCUCAUGGCAUUACCUUCUUCCAUAGAGGCACUGGUCGUCUCGGCGACGGUCGACUCAUCGUUGACUUUUUCUGUGAACAUUUGAAGAUGACAUAUUUAAGUCCAUACUUGGAUUCACUCUCGCCAAAUUUCAAAAGAGGAGUCAACUUCGCUGUCUCCGGCGCCACCGCUCUUCCCAUGUUUUCCUUCCCACUUGCCGUUCAGAUCCGUCAAUACGUCCGUUUCAAAAACCGUUCUCAAGAACUUAUCUCUUUCGGGAGAAGAGAUCUUAUAGAUGAUAAUGGAUUUAAAAACGCAUUGUACAUGAUCGACAUCGGACAAAAUGAUCUUCUACAAGCUCUUUACGGUUCUAACUUAACAUAUACAACCGUGGUAGAAAAGAUCCCUCCCAUGCUGCUUGAAAUUAAAAAGGCCAUACAGACCGUAUAUUUAUAUGGAGGGAGGAAGUUUUGGGUACAUAAUACAGGCCCAUUGGGUUGUGCACCCAAGGAGCUAGCUAUUAACCCGCACAAUGAGUCGGAUCUCGACCCCAUUGGUUGUUUCCGGGUUCACAACGACGUGGCGAAGACCUUCAACAAAGGACUGUUUAGUCUAGUUAACGAAAUGAGAGCACAACUCAAAGACGCUACCCUUGUCUACGUUGAUAUCUACUCCAUCAAGUACAAACUUUCAGCUGAUUCCAAACGUUACGGAUUUGUGGAUCCGCUGAUGGCGUGUUGCGGUUUUGGAGGAAGGCCUAACAACUACGAUCGCAAAGCCACGUGUGGUCAACCAGGUUCAACUAUCUGUGGUGAUGUAACCAAAGCAAUUGUAUGGGAUGGGGUUCACUAUACCGAAGCUGCUAACCGGUUUGUUGUCGAUGCGAUUCUAUCAAACCGGUACACUUACCCCAAAAUUCCUCUUAACCGAUUUUGGUAGUUCAAAAAGAAAUUUCUCAAUAAAACCGGGUUGGCUAUAUAAAUGUGUGGCCGCUGAUUAGUGUACCAUCGCCCAACUAUAAGGGUACAAAUUGCUAAUGAUUACACUAUAAAGUGGAUGUUGCAAGUCAGAUUAAACCAACUGAUCUCGAUAGGUUCCAAUGAAUGCAUAAAUGGCGUUGACGAGUGGUGCGAUAAUUUUCAAUGGUUAGGCACAACUAAAUGAAUUGCGAUGGAAUUAGUCUUUCGGUGGUUUGUUUAAUUUAAUUCUCUAACAAGGAUACAGUUAUAAGGAUCUGGAUAAGCUAAGCAACCACAAACAAAGAAACAUGGAUCAGUAUAAGACACCAUUAUAGGUUUCAAUAGGAACAAACCAUGUAGUUUAACAUCAUGUCCCAACACGUAGCUAAUACAUGACCAAAUAGUUUAAGAAUUUGUUCCCUAAUCGAUAAUAGGAUUCAAAUGUUCAUCUUUGCGUAUCUUAAUGUUCAAGGUUUAUUUUCGAAACAGUUAUCACUACUCAAAACACCAUGGUCUUUAGACUCUUUAAAGAGACCAAACUUCAAUUCCCACAAUCUAAGUUGAUAUCUACUCCAUCAGGUAGAAACUUUAGAAAUUCGUUUGUAUGAAUAAACAAUCAGAAACUAAUAAAAGAUUAUAGAGCAUUCGUUCUUCAACCUAAGACGCAAAUGAUUUAGAUUUCGAUUUUUGCAUUCCUAUAGUCGCAAUUCCGAUAUAAGAUGAUUAAAUAUAUUGCAAGAAAUGUAAUUAAGACUAAUCAAAGGACCAACAUGAAUAAACAUCAAUCUAGAUAAGAAAUCCAGAACAAAACAUGUUCAUCAUCGAAUCCAUUACAAAAAAAAAGAA